AUGAUUACAAUUAACAAUGGCGGUUCCGCUUAUAAUGCUAUAGUAUCAGAUGCAUCGGGGCUAGCGACUUUUAAGAAUCUUGACCCAGGCACCACCUACACACUUGUUGCUGUUACCAUCAGUGGAAAUGAAAGCAGUGACUACAUCUAUCGAUCUGUCAAUACAAAGCCACAUCCACCCACACAUCUGCGUGUGCUGUCCGACAGUGGACAGACCGUGAUGCAUGCAGCCUGGGACGGUCCAGCUUUUGGGAGCUACGACAAUUUUACAGUUCUGAUUGCUGACCUGAGUGGAGUCUCUCCCGCCCAGGUAUUUAUAAAGAUGGAUAUCACGGGACUCCAGCCUGGUUCUACGUACAACAUCAGUGUCACUUGUCAGAAAGGGGACCAGAACAGCGCUGCUGUCUGGGGACUCAGCACUACAACACCGCUUCCUGUGACCCAUGUCCGACUGUCACACCGCGGUAUGGACACAGCAACGGUUUCCUGGGAUGCUCCUACAGGAUCCAGUCUGUCGGGCUAUGCUUUGAGUUUUGACUUCCUCAACAUGACCCUGGUGGCUGUUCCUGCCAAUACAACACAGUACAAACUGAUGGGACUGAAGCCGGACUCUAACUACACGCUCAAGGUCUUUGUUUAUAGCCAGCAGUUCGAUGGGACUCCGCGUUACAGCCGGGAGACAAAUCACAGCUUCUAUACAUAUCCAGAAUCUGUUGCUGGUCUUCAGAAAGUGAUGGCCACCAGUGAUAUGAUGGUGGUCAACUGGACAGUUCCAGUCAGUGUCCGAGCAGACUUUUUUCACAUCGGUAUCCGGUCAUCAGAUGCAGCUUCUCCACCUCUAGAAUUAGCACUCACGGUUCCAGGGUCCAAGACAAAUGCAACAUUCAACGGUUUGAGGCCUGGUCAUAAAUACACGAUUGCCAUUCGAACAGUGAAGACUGGGUCAACCAGGCAAGCCCCACAAUACGGGAUCAGUGUCAAGCUAGCUGUUGUUACAAAGCCGCUGGCGGUAGAAAAUCUAAAUCUGACAUCGUCGAGUACGAACAGCCUGACGGCAACCUGGGGCAUCAACAGCACAAGCCUACAGACUCAGUUUCGGGUGACCUACGUGUCCGAGAACGUGUCCAGAAGUUUGAGCGUCCAGUCGUCCAACAUGUCCAGUUACCAGGUGAACAUGACAGAGCUGUUGGCGGGCAGCCAAUAUGCGGUGACCGUCGUUGCUGUGCAGGCAACAGAAGCAGAUACAGAGUUUAGCUUACCUGUUACUGGCAGCGGAUACACAGACCCGCUUCCUGUGGGUCACAUGAACGGCACCAUGGACUCGUCUGAGGUGAGGGUGACGUGGACACCCCCUGUUGCCGGCAAGUGGGACGGCUACCAAAUCAAGUAUAGACCCAUGCUACGUGUCAACAAUUCUCAGGUCCUGAUUCGUACUUUACCUCCUACGUCUACGAGCCUCAACAUCACUGAACUGUUUCCCGGGGAACGAUACCACCUGAUACUGACAGUCCUUAGCAACAACCUUGAGAGCAGAAAGGAAGAGGCAUUUGUUACAACCAAGCCUCUAGCACCAAAAGAUCUCCAAAUUGUCAAGAAUAAAACCACCUCCACAACCGCUACCAUCAGCUGGGCGUAUGACAAGUCAGCAACCCUCACCAGCAAAUGGAGAGUUCAUGUUCAAGGUGGUGCCAACGACAUAGAAGUUCCCGCCACAGAGCAGACGGGAUAUUCUCUGAUACUGGACAAUCUUGUUUCUGGCCAGACAUAUGCUGUUGGAGUCACAAGUGUGGUUGACAGUAGCACAUCUCAGCAACUGACUCUGCAUGUGACAACAAAGCCAGUGAUUAACUCCAGAAUGGAACCUGUUUCUUCUACCAACACUUCAUUUACCAUCAGUUUCUCCAACACAGCAAGCAGUAUUUAUGAUUACCUCUCAUUCACAUUGAUGGGAGGAGCUGGACGUCUGCCGGAAAACCGGACCAAUUCAGAGCAAUCUCACACAGUGACUUUCUCACAACUGGAGGCAGGAACCAAGUACACCAUCCAGGCAGUUGCUGUCAGCAACGGGGAGGUCAGCGAUCCUGUCUUCCUGGAAAUGAUCACAGAUCCCAAUCCUGUAACAGUGAAACUUACAUCAAGUGAUACUUCAGUGACCCUUGACCUGACCCCUCAACAAGGAACAGCAGCCCAGUACACCGUGACGUGUAUAUCUGCAGACAAUAAGACUACCUCAUGUGGAGAGCAGACAGUAACUGCCGGACAACAACAGUUGGUCUUUUCUGACCUCACUCCAUUUCAGGAUAACAAACUUGAAUGUGUCUGUUUUCCAGCUCCUGGGGCAGUGAUGUCACUGAGUGCUACAGAUGAAGAUUUGCAUACUGUCAUGCUUAGCUGGCAACCUCCAGAGCUAACCAAUGGUAUUCUUCGAUCUUACUCAGUUUCCUACCACGGUCACGAGCCAUCGGAUGUUCAGAAUGAAGAAAGCAAAGUCAUCAAUGACAUUAGUGCAGCCAAUACUUCGCUCAAGGUAGACAACCUGCGUGCUGGCUUUGAGUACACAUUUCAGGUGGCAGCUUCAACAGUGAGCCCUGGUCAAAUCACAGAAGUCAAGCUGACCAUGAAAACAACAGCUCCAGCCUUUAAGCCAGGCUUGACUUCUGCGACAUCCAAACCAACAAUUGCAGCUCCAUCAGUGAGAGUGGUCACCGACAGCCAGAUUUCUUUUGUAUUCAUCGACCCCUUCUCUGAUGACAACGGUUUAGUCAGGUACCACACCGUGAUAGUCUCUAGGAAUCUAACAGCAGACGACAAGUCACCAGCUUUACCCAGUUGGACAGAGGCCAACAAAAACAGAGAUGCUCAAGUUUAUCAGGCUGUAGGACAAUGUCCAGAUUUUUUUCUGGCAAACUCUUUGUGUGGAGGAAGUGGCAGUCAAAGAAAAUAUACAUCAGCCCCUCCGCAGUCUCGUGUGUUUGUGCUUGGGGCUCAGACAGCAUCAGAAUGUCAGAAGCUGCAGUAUUGUAACGGGCCUCUUCUUGCAAACACAGAGUAUUAUGUAAAGCUUCGAGGCUACACCGCCUCCGGCCAGUACCAGGAAACUGAAUAUUCAGAGAAAAUUAAAACAGCUGAAACAACAUUGGCAAGUAAUGCGGUGGUUGUUGGUGGAAUCGCUGGAGCCGCUGCUGCCGUUGUCAUUAUUGUUAUCAUCAUUAUUGUGUUUGUGAUACGACACAGACGUCAACCAAAGAAAGCAUUAAGGCAUGUAGAUUCUGGAAGGAAGUCGGAACACUCACACAUCAACCGAAGCAGCCGACCUGUAAAAGUGGCAAAUUUUUCGAUCCAUGUCCUGCAAAUGUCUGCAGAUUCUGAUUUUAAAUAUGCAGAGGAAUAUGAAGACCUGAAAGAGGUGGGUCGUGGCCAGCCAUGUCGAGCUGCAGAACUACCAUUCAAUCAGCCAAAAAAUAGGUUUACCAAUAUCCUCCCUUAUGACCACUCUCGUGUCCUGCUGAUGCCAGAUGUCAACCAAGAGGGUUCUGAUUACAUCAAUGCCAGCUAUAUGUCAGGCUACAGCGGCCCCCGGGAAUAUGUGGCCACCCAAGGCCCCCUGGCAGCAACUCGGGAUGACUUCUGGAGGAUGGUCUGGGAGCAAAACUCUCGCAAUAUUGUCAUGCUGACACGGUGUCAAGAGAAGGGCAAG